AUGAUUUCAUUUUCAAUAGAUUUAAAUGGUUUUUACCAAUGGAUAUUUGAUCUUCAUGUUUAUACUAAAAAUCAACAAUUCAGAUUAUACAAAGCAACGAAAUUUGGACAAGAUAAUCCUUUAUUAACAACAUCUGAUUUUCCUUUCAAUGGACAAAAUGAACAACAUGAUAUGUUUAUGAAUAAUAUCAUCAAUUAUGAUUCAAAUUUGAAUCAUGCAUUAAUAUCUUACACGAUAAAUAAUACAAAUCUUUUAAUCUUUUCAUAUAAUGAGAGUAAAUGGUCAUUAACCGACCGACAUAAAAAUCACAUAAUGAACUUAACUACUACAAAUUAUUUUACAUCUUUAACUAUAUCAAACACAUCUGCAUGCGUAGCUAAUCGAGUAAAAAGAACAACUACAAUAAAUACAACUGAAGUAUCCAACAAACAAGAUCAUUUUAAAAAUUUUAUUUCAAAAUUAAUAGCAAAAACAUAUCAUACAAAUGGUUACGUACUAUCAUGUCAACAAGGGACUAAAAAUCACUCGUUAUUAUUUUAUAACAUUGGUGGUGAAUUUCGCUUUUGUGAACGAUUACAACGUCAUCAUAAGUCAAAUCACACUUGUAUUGUUAUUGGUACUGUUACAUAUAAAUAUCAAAUUAAAUGUAAAGAUCCGGAUUGUAGAAACUUCAAACCACCAUGGAAAGACAUUUCUUAA